UACCAUGGACAGCGCCACAAGAGGCAGCCGAGUGGCUUCCUGCCAGCCCUCGAAGCAGCGGCUCCCGUUUUAAAGCCCGCGACUUGGUCGGCAGCCUCGCUCUUCUCUCUCCCGCUUCGGAAACUUUGCCUUGCGGCGCCAGGUCUAAGGUGCUUGACUCUGUUAUCCUUUGGAAGUGUUUUUGAUUCUUGGGCUCCAUAAAAAGGAUCAGAAGUGACACAAAUAUGCCUAUCCUAGAGAAAGCCACACGGAAGAAGGAAAAUGAUACUUGCAGUCAAGAUAAGAUGAUACUACCCAAACUUCCAGUCCCACCGCUGCAACAGACGUUACAAAUGUAUCUUCAGUGCAUGAAACAUUUGGUAUCCGAAGAACAAUAUAAGAAGACAAAGGCCAUAGUGGAAAGGUUUGGAGCAGCAGGAGGUAUGGGAGAGGUCCUGCAGCAAAAACUUCUAGAAAGACGGGAACAAAUGGAGAACUGGGUUCUAAAGUACUGGCUAGAUGAUAUGUAUCUUAACAACCGAUUGGCUCUUCCAGUCAAUUCCAGCCCUGCAAUUAUCUUCGCUCGCCAGCAUUUCCAAGAUGCGAAUGACCAACUGAGGUUUGCUGCCAAUCUCAUUUCAGGAGUUCUUGAUUACAAAGCUCUCUUGGACACCCAUGCUGUACCUGUUGAUUUUGCUCGUGGACAGCUGUCUGGUCAUCCUCUCUGUAUGAAGCAAUACUAUGGACUCUUUUCUUCCUAUCGUCUUCCAGGACAUACCAGAGAUACCCUUGUGGCCCAGAAAAGCAAUAUCAUGCCAGAACCAGAACAUAUAAUAGUUGCUUGUAAUAAUCAGUUUUUUGUUUUAGAUGUUGUCAUUAAUUUCCGCCGUCUCAGUGAGGGGGAUCUGUUCACUCAGUUACGGAAGAUAGUCAAAAUGUCAGAGAAUGAAGAAGAAAGACUGCCCCCAAUUGGUCUCCUAACCUCCGAUGAAAGGACAGCAUGGGCUGAAGCCCGGACAAUCCUCGUAGAAGAUUCUACUAACCGAGAUUCGCUUGAUAUGAUUGAAAGAAGCAUAUGCUUAGUAUGCCUUGAUAGCCCAAGUGGGGAGGAACUCAACGACACCAACAUGGCUUUGCAACUUCUUCAUGGGGGAGGCUACAACAAAAAUGGUGCCAACCGUUGGUACGAUAAACCCAUGCAGUUUGUGGUGGGAAGAGAUGGAGUCUGCGGAACCGUGUGUGAACAUUCCCCUUUUGACGGAAUUGUCCUGGUACAGUGCAUUGAACAUCUGCUUAAGCACAUGAAAGAAGGUGCAAAGAAAUUGGUCAGAGCUGAUUCAGUGAGUGAACUUCCUGCUCCAAGGAGACUAAGGUGGAAAUGUUCUCCAGAAAUUCAGGGACACUUGGCAUCAUCAGCAGAAAAACUUCAAAGGAUGGUGAAGAAUCUUGAUUUUCUUGUUUACAAAUAUGAAAACUAUGGAAAGGAGUUUAUCAAGAAACAGAAGAUGAGCCCAGAUGCAUACAUCCAAGUAGCACUACAGCUGGCAUUUUACAGAUUGUAUGGGAGAUUUGUUCCCACCUAUGAAAGUGCUUCCAUACGCCGGUUUGAAGAGGGAAGAGUGGAUAACAUCCGAUCUGCAACUCCUGAAGCUUUAGCUUUUGUAAAAGGAAUGAUUGAUAAAAGAUCAUCUCUACAGGACUCUGAGAAAAUGCAGCAAUUUAAGGAUGCAAUAACUGCUCAGACCAACUAUACUAUUUUGGCUAUCACAGGAAUGGCAAUAGACAAUCACUUGCUGGGGCUGCGAGAGACAGCCCGUGAACACUUCAAGGAACUGCCAGACAUAUUUACUGAUGAAACAUAUUUGACAAGCAAUCGAUUCAAUCUCUCCACUAGCCAGGUUCCAACCUCCAUGGAAAUGUUCUGUUGCUAUGGGCCUGUGAUUCCUGAUGGGUAUGGUGCUUGCUAUAAUCCACAGCCAGAGCAUAUAUUAUUCUGCAUUUCAAGUUUUAAAGACUGUAAAGAGACAUCCUCUAGCAAAUUUGCCAAAGCCAUUGGAGAAAGUCUUACGGAUCUGAAAGCGCUGUGCAACACAUCCAACUCAACUAAGAUUAGCACCCCAACAAAACAAGGAGCAACCUCAACAUCUCAGCAUGGUCAUAAGUGCUAACUACAUGUGUGCUGUAACCUUUUAUUUUAUCCAUUCUGCAGAUGCUUCUGUAACUAGAAUGGUGUAGAUGUACAAAUGCAAGCUAUUAGCAUCUAUUUGUUGAAGAUAGGAAGUUUAAAUUUAUCUUUAACUAUAAUUUAUACCCAUAUUUAUCAAGAUAAUUUAAAUUAUCUAUAAAGCUGUGUCAGAUUACAUGAUACAUUAAGCAUGGCUGAGAUCCUGACUAAUGGUACACUUGCACAGUGAACAAAGCUGUGCUACAAUGUUGUGCAAGUAUUGUGCAACAGUGAUUGUGCAAUAUGCUGUUGAACAAUCUUGAGUAAUGGUGUUGUGAAAUAGUCUUAAGGAACAAUGCUGUGGAACGGUUGUUGGGCAACAAUGCUGUGGAACAGUUGUUAUGAAAGGAGUAGUUUCAGACAGAUGUUCUUUUCUUUGUACAAAAUCCAUGCACUAUAUCAUUAAGCUAAUACAACAGCAUUAUACUAGCACAAGGGUUCCCAACCUGGGGUCCUCAGAUGUUGCUGAACUACAACUCCCACCACCCCCAGUCACAAUUUAUUAUGGCUGAGGAUGAUGGGAGCUGUAGUUCAGUAACAUCUGGAGGAACCUGGGUUGGGUACCCCUGUACUAGCACAACACUAGUCUGGAAUGCAAGGUCCCAGUGUAGCAGAACUCACCUGUGCAACAUUAUUGCACAAGCACACCAUUAGUUAAGAUACCAGCCAUCAUGUAUUUAUUUUAUAUAUUUGCACCCCAGUUUUAAGAUACAAUGUUCAUAAGAUGGCUUCUAUAAUGUAAAAACACAGUAGAACACCCAACAAAAUCAAACAGUAAAAACACAUCUACAAUGGGGAAAAUGUUUUUCUUUUCUUGAUUAAAUAGCAGCUAAUGGGUGUGUGUAUGAUCUGGAUUGGAACCAAGAUUGGGAGAAGGGGUUUUGCCUCUCUCCACUGUGGUUCCAGUCUGGAUUAAGCCCCUUCCCUUUGUGCUUGCUAUUUGCCCUGAGAAUCUCCCAUUGGCAACAAUGGGAGUUUCCCACUGAGAUCAAAUAGUAGAAGUAAGCGGGGAGCAGAUCCCAGUUCGGACUGCAAAAAGGCUAAAGUUCCCUCCAUGCCACAGACCCAAUCAGGAUUCGGUGCCCUCCAUGGCUGCUAUUUAGUAAAGAAUGGUUAAUCAUGUCAAAGCCAAUGAUACAUUUAACUUAACAUGUCGUUUGCCUGUGGUUCUGCACAAAAAUUAUGCAAAGUAUUGAUCUGAGAAAUUGAACUAAGUACAACUAAUCUUGUUUGUUUAGAAAAACCUGGUUGACAUGUAGUAUUUUAUUAGAGUGUGGCACACAACUGGUAAUAUUCUUCUGCUAGGAAGCCAAACAUUCCUUAUCAAGCAUUCCCAAUUAAGACUCCUAGCUUGAGUCCCCCCAUGUUUUAAAGGAUGUGUGUCUGUCCACCCUUCACACCCAAUGUGUUUACCAUGGUUAACACCAGUGUAGCCAUGGCAGACAUAAUUACUGCAUGUGAAGUGGGUUGAAGUCUUUUUUUUUUAAUUUCCCCACAGAAAUUCCACUUUGCUUGAUCAUUUGAGAGACAAAAUGAUGCUAUGGACAGAGUUCUGGACAUGAAUCAGGUUCAGAUCCCUGCUCAGCCAUAGAGCUCAGUGAUUGACCGUGCGCCAGUCAUGCUUUUUCAGCUUAACUAAUCACAGCGUCCUUGUGAAGACAAAAAGGGAAUAGUAAGCCCAAGCAAUACUGAACUGAACUCCACUGGAGAAGGAUGUGAUACAGAUAUUAGUAAGUGACUUGUGGAAGUUUCAGGAUAUGAGAAGCUGCUGUUUGAAAAAUAAAAACCCCAGAGAAACCCUAUUGUGCAUAUGCUCAAAGGACUCUCUGAAUCACCUCAUGUUAAUUAACUUAUUAGCUAGCAGACAGAAUAAAGUCUGUGGAAAAAAUGCUUAUGUCCUCAGGUACAGUAUAUUUUUGUAUAUUCUCCACUGUGAAUCUUAAUUAGUGAUUUCUGUUGUAAUAGUUUUAGUGGAAAGAGAUGUCAAAGCUACUGUUGCUUUAGCUUUGAUCCAGAGGGCUACACAUCAGACUCUGGAGCUCUUCUCACAAUCAGUGAAAAGAGCUCUGGGGCAGUCUGUGGGGAGAGUGGGUUACACUUACCCUCCCCACAGAUAAUCGUCCUUGCUUCCCUGGGCGGGUGGAUUUCCCACCCAGAUGGCUGGUGGCUGCUCCCUGCAGCUCCGAGGGUCAGGGUGCUGGGACACACCACUGUGCAUUGCCCUGCACACACCCCCGGAGCUCUAAUAAUGCACCGAGCAAGUGCGUGGUGCAUUAUUGGGAUCCCCUCCCGCACGAGUGUGCUAGCCACAGCUGCUGACACACAAGUAAAUAAGUGAGGGUAAGGGAGCGUUCAUUCCUUUAACCUCAUUUUAAAGGGCAGCUACUUAGGCAGGCUUCCCAACAUGUAGGAUCAGACCCGAUCCCGGCGACUCACACGUGCAUGCAAAACCAGGCUGGGCUCCGAGCCCAGUUUUGCACGCGCAUGUGAAUAGCCUCUCUGGUAUACUUACAAGUUUCAGGAGAGCUUCCACAUCCUCUUUUUGAAAGCUGUGGUGCACAUCAUCUUCCAAGCCACAUACAACCAUGAAAUGUGUGUCAGCUUAAAAAGUGACCUGUGACACAGCUCAAGAAAAAUGAGGUCUAGUGUGUGGACAUACAAUCACAUACAUAUGGUUUUUCUGGAUUGCACCCAUUAGUGUCAAUGACCUAUGGUGCUAUUUCACUGUUUUCCCAACAAUUUAUGUAUUGUUAAGAUAUUGUACCAACAGGUGUUUUCCCCUUGGCAAAUAGCAGCCAUGUUGGACCCAAUCCAGACUGGGACCAUAACAGGGGUAGGGUUAAAGCCCCCUCUGCCUUGGAUCUGAUCCAUGUGGGGCCCAAUCCAGUUGCUAUUUAACAUGGGAGGCAGGGGAACAAGCACGUGCUUGCACAAUACAUAUUUAAAUUGACAUCUAGUUUGACCCUUAUGUGUACAAUUUUAUUGAGAUCCAGAUGCAUUUUUAGCCCCUGGUGGUGCAGUGGUAAAACUGCCGCCCUGUAACCAGAAGGUUGCAAGUUCGAUCCUGACCAGGGGCUCAAGGUUGACUCAGCCUUCCAUCCUUCCGAGGUCGGUAAAAUGAGUACCCAGAAUGUUGGGGGGCAAUAUGCUAAAUCAUUGUAAACCGCUUAGAGAGCUCCGGCUAUAGAGCGGUAUAUAAAUGUAAGUGCUAUUGCUAUUGCUAGCUUUGAUUCUUGCAAGCCACCUGGCAGCUUGAGCUUGUCAAAGGGUUAACACAAGUGCCAAAUUCAACACAAAGAAUCUUAAACAAAGCCCUGUACAACAUGGUACCUCCUUUUUUCUGGGACUACUUCCCACACUUCAGGUUUAGCAUUAAAACACUGUAGCAUAGAAAUGCCCCGGACUCACUGAUUUGGGCUCCAACAAUGGAAACUCAAUUAAAAUGGGAUAUAAUGGGAACUUCAGUAUCAAAAGUACUGUUGAGCCAGGGACUUCAAACUCAGUACACUAGUUUCUGGUUGAAUCUGGGUCUGUACAAAAUAUGUGUAAUUUGGGUAAAGCUCAUUUUCAUGUGCUGUCAAAAGACGUGUGGCUGAGUUCUGCAUGUCAUAUUAUCUGUGCACCCUCGCUGUGAACAUGUUGUGUCAUGUAAUAACUGUUGCAGUGAGCUGAGGUUUUGUUUUGUUUUGUGGAUUUCUGGAAGUUGUUAGUACUUGAUAACUUCAUCUGAACUUAGCCAUAUUAUAGCAGUAGACUGCAAUUUUAUUAUCCAGUUUUGAAAUAUAUAUAUAUGUGUUUCUAUGCAAAGUUCGCAGAAAGUUCUUUUACAGGAGUUCAUCUGUGGAAGAAUUAAUCAUGUACAGUAUGUACUUUGAAGAGUUAUGGGCAGACUGAAUUUCUCUUGAGAAAUAUUAUAUUCAUUUAGGUUUAGAAGAGAGUAAAGAAAUAUUCUUCCCCAAUUGUACUUUGCCUCUACUGAAACCAAACCAGAGACACUCUGGAACUGAGUAGCAUAUCAGCAGAUAGCAGCUGCUAGAUUCUGGCUGGGUAGCACUGGAGGGAAUUUGAGUUCUGAUCCUUGAUCAGCCAUAGAGCUCACUGGGUAACCUUCAGCUAGUCACUCUCACAGCCUAGCCAGUCUCACGGGGUUGAUAAAAUGGAGGCAAACAGACAUAUGCUGCCUGAGCUUCUUGGAGGAAGGGCAAGACAAAAAUUUAACCAAUAAUAUCAUCUAUUCUGCUGGGUCCGUUGCCAUUAAAACCAGCACACAAUAUUUGUGUGUAUUGCAAGUAUCAGAGGCAGUGAAACUAUGGGCAGUUUGUUUCAUUAUGUUGCACACAUAAUGGCAACAAGAAAGUAGGAAGGAGGAACUACUGGUUCCUGGUGAGCAAGCGCUCCCAAUACUUCUUCCUCUUUCUAUGUCAUCCGAUCCCACUAGGUCAGGUGGGCGGUGUCAGGUUCCCUCUGCCACCCAAUAUUUGCCACCCCAACUGUUGGUCACAAAUGUUGGGGCGGGUGGGGUGGGAGACCUGAAACUGGCAACGUGACUUUUCUGGGCCCGGACAACACAGAAAGGAGCAGAAGUAACCACUUGUACUUCCUCCGCUCACCAGGAACUAACUGCAGUUUCCUCAUCAUUAUGUAUGAAGCCACCCAAUAUAUAUAAGCCGCUGUCCCUUAUUUCAAUAGCUGUAGCAUUUCAGAAUUAACGUUACAUGCAAUAUACAGAUGCAUGCCACAUAAGGCUAUAGUCACAUGAUUUAUAGAAGAUUGCAAGAGUUUUCCUGAAUUUUCCAAGACAUUUAUUUUUUUAUUUUUCAUUCUAGUAUAUAUGAGACCCCUUUGUUGCAGGAUUUAUUUAGGCAAGCUGUCUCAAUGGAGCUACAAACAAAUACCGAAUGGCUAUAUAUUCCAACUUUCUAUAUUGUGUGAGUUACAAUAUAUAUAAAGUUAAUAUUUUAGUGAUAUUUUAUUUUUAUAAAAUAGUAUAGAUUUAUGGCAAAUCUAAGGUGCUUUGUUUAGUCUGAGCUAUAUUUUAUGCUUUGGUGUAUUUAAAACAUUCUCAUAGACAAUAUCAAAGUGAACUGUACCUUGACAUAAUAAAUUCAGAAUAUGAUAAUUCUAUAGUCAAUAAAUAGUAUAUCAA